CAACUCAUCGCUCAACAUGGACCCCAGGCUACUUGCAACAACGUUACUCCUUUUUACAUCAGGUGUGUGUACGGGCGAGAAUGUGUUACCAGAGGGACCUCUGAGUGGAGCUGUCGGGGGGGCCGUGAGAUUCACCACUGUGCUCGCCCCCCCCACCAAACCCUUCAUCUCUGUGAGCUGGCGUUUCAAAGGAGCCAGCAUCAUCACCUCCACCAGCACCGACGUGAUCGACCCUUUGUAUUCUAAACGGAUAACUCUGGAGAGAGCCACUGGAUCUCUGGAGCUCCGGGAUCUGGGUCCAGGGGACAGUGGGGAGUACAGGGUGACCAUCGUACUGGAUGGUGCUCAAGAUCAGCAGGGAAUUAGCACACUCAAUGUGUUUGAGAGAAUCUCUGGCGCCGUCAUCAAAAGCCCCCCUGGCGCCCUGUUAGCGGGUAGAGACUCCACCAACCUGACCUGUGCUGCUGCUGGCUCCAUCAGCACCAGAGAGUGGAUGAAGGACGGUGGGCCUCUCUCUCCCAGCGAGAGAGUCAUCUUCUCUGGGGACAACAGCACAGUCUCUAUAAGUCCUGUGAGAAGCACCGACAAUGGAGAGUACUUAUGUCGGCUCAGCAACCCCAUCAGUGCCAUAACCGCUUCCCAGCACCUGACUGUGAACUUUGGCCCUCAGAACGUGUCCAUAGAGGGAAAGUCGCCCGCCUUCGCCGGUCAGAAGGUGACUCUGAGCUGUUUCGCUUUCUCGGUUCCUCCCGCUAUCUUCACCUGGAGGUUCAACGGCAACGAGACUGACGUCAACGACACCAUGUAUAUCAUAGACAAGAUAGAGGACACGCACACCGGAAAUUACACUUGCAUGGCCAGCAACUACGUCACCGGGCUAAAUGACUCAGCUAUCCUCAGUCUGAGAGUCUACAAUGCUGCCCCCUCCUGGUCAUUUGGUGUAAGGGUGACCAGGGCUCUGCUAGUUGUAGGUCUCCUGUCGGUGUCCAGCCUAUGAAGGAGAAGAGGACGAUAUGGGGACAGGCAAGACAUCUUUGGGGGGAUUUGAACCACGACAGUUCUUUAUUGUCAUAAAAAGGGUGCGGUCUUAAUAGACAUUCCUGAACAUGAAGUUUAAUCAAGAAAUACAUACAGUAACAGUUUCUCUGUAAAUACAAUGUAGGCAGUGAAUAUAACCUAAAUGUAACAUGUUGCUGUGAUGUAAAGUGAUUUGAUGUGUAUUUUAAUGCAAAUGAAAUGACAUGUUUGUAAC